AUUAUUGCCUUUUAUUUGGGUUUUCAUAAAUUAAACUGAAAAUUGUUAAGAAUAAUUUAAUAGGAAACUGAAUUGAUAUGAUUUUCCCAGUACUGUACUUCUGUUAUGAAUAAAACUGUCACGUAUGUAACAAUAUGGCGAAUAGCAUUGAACGUUUUCUUGUCUAACUAGCGGCAAGACCAAAGAUGCAAUUAUAUUCUAAAGCGUUCUGACGAUGUGUGUAAGACUCAGAAUUACUGGGUUUUCGGACUUUGUCUAUCAUCCGGUAUUCUAAAAACUACCGGACGAUUGACGAAGUCCGAAUGGUCCGAACACACAGCAAAUAUACAAUGUUAACUAAUGUGCUGCUGGUAUUCGUCGUAUACAAUAUAUGCCUUCUAUCUUCUCCGCAAUUCUCCGUGUUGUCAACCUUGGCGCGUCGAGAUGGUCGAGAUCGUCGAGAUGGCGCCAUGCUUCUGAAAGCAGUUAGAGAUAUGUGUUUGUAAUGGUAAUGACCUGCUGUGUUGUGUUGCGAGUGUUUGUCAUACAAGUUUUGGUCCUGUAAAGUGUUUCUCUUAUUUGUGCUGUUGUGGAGAAUGGAAUUUGUAAGAUUGCCGAUGGGGUAAGGCGGCUGUGGAUGGGUUCAGGGGGGAGUGGCGAAGUGAGGAGCAAGAUGGAUGCUGCCGCUACAGGGCCAUGUUGCCUUGAUUUCGACCUCGACUCACUGGACGAAGAGUUGGGUAGCUGUAACCCAGCUACGAGGAUGGACAGACCUGACAGUACCAGGUUCAGGAUUCGGAAAGGCAACACUGCAGAUACUAUUUCCAGAAGAGGACCCAUGAUUGCUCGUCACCCAGUGAUGGGUUUGUCAGGAGUGACUGAACAUUCUGCACAGGCAUUAAUCAAAACAGCCUGCCCUCCACCCCGAUGCUGCAGGACCCCUCCUCCUAUUGAAGGUAAUGGGAAGGGGGAGGGGUGUCACAUGAGAAGGAGAUCACCCAGUAUUCCUCGAUCUCGGCCAUCCAGCCCGGGCAACAAUUCAACACGCCGGCCUUCAAGCCCAGGAGCAUUAGAUCCUGCUGUAUUGGAAGCUGUAAAAAACCGGGUGCGUAGGGUGCAACAGGCCCGUCUGUACCUUCUUCAGCAGACAGGCCCCAACUCGUUCCUGGUGGGAGGUGACUCUCCAGAGCACAAAUAUCGUGUAGUCAUUGGACCACAGACUUGCAGCUGUGGCCGUGGACCACAUUGCCUACAUUUGUUGUUUGUCAUGCUCAGAGUUUUCCAAGUACCUGAAAGUGAUUCAAGAAUAUAUGCCAAGGAACUGAAGAACUUUGAGGUGGAGUCACUAUUCCAUAAUUACCAAGAACGUCGAAACUCGAGGGUUAGUGUGCUUCCAGAUGAUAUACGAAAAGAUGUGGGACAGCCUCAGUGCGAGUCAGGUUCACAGUCCACGCCGCAGUCUGAAAGUUCUAGUCGAUGUACUGCUGAGUGUCCCCCUGCUUCAGAUGUCAAACCAGCAGAAGAAGAGCUCUGUCCUAUCUGUCUGUUGGAGAUGGUUGAUGGAGAAAGCUUGGUAAUUUGUGUCACAGGCUGCCGUAAUAAGUUGCAUCAUCACUGCAUGGCCAUCUGGGCAGAAGAAUGCUAUCAGCAAAGUGAGACUGUCCUCUGUCCUUUGUGCCGACAUCCGUGGAUCACUGAGGCUGUCUCCCAAACUCACAGUAUGAGAGAACUGGAUUGCAAACAAAGGGUUUCAGCAGAUCGUCACCAGACCACAUUUUACAGAGUGGACCCACCUCACAUGGCUCAUAAGUUUGGUGCAAUGAUAACACAGCAGGUGAAGAAAUCACGUCCCAGGGCUCUGGAGAGCGAGUCAUCAGUCUCACCAUUUAUGAGUUUUGAUUCUGGGUCGUCAGGAUACAAGUCAAUGUCAUCUAAUAGUGCCCAGGCAUUUCAAGAAGUUCUUGCUGAUGCAGGGGUCAUUCCAUCAGAACAGUUACCUGUUGCUAGUGAGUGGGCAAAGUUGUUUGGAGCAGACCUGGUGUUAUGCCUCUACUUUCGAGACUGGAAAGCCCGUGAAGUGGCAGUCAGAAAACUGAUUAAUUAUAUUGUUGCAAGCCAUUACUUUGACAGUGAGGAGAAGCAGCAAGAGGUGCUUUGGUUCUGUAUGAAGAUCCUCACCAUGGUCGUUGCUGACCCAGUCUUUGAAGUAUUCCUUUGCUCCAUUCAUUGCCUUAAAGUGUUGCUGAACUAUGCAAAUUGUCACUCCAAGAGUCAGCUGGAGGAGUUGAUCCUUCCCAUUAUUAGAAUCCUGCUGCUCAAGAGUGCUGAUCAAAACCAUCGCACUUCACGUCUCAGUGCAGAAGUUUUGGUGGAGCUUGCUAAAGGGCAGAAUGGAGAACUUGCUUUGGGUAAAAAUGUCUCAGACAGUCCCAGUUGCAGAAGUUUUGAAGGGCUGGAACUGAUACUUGGAUGUGUGUUGGAGGAGUGGAGUUUUCACACAGUCAGUUGGCAGUGGCUAGCAGGACGUCUCAUAAUUCUGGUUCAUCUUAUUCAAGAUUUCCCAGAUGAGUUUUGUUUACAGUAUUUGCCACUUUAUCCCAGUGAGUCAGGCUACAAGCUGCACAAUUACAAUCGUCUCAUUACAGUAGUUGAGUUUUCAUUGAGAGCACUGCGAAGUCCACAUAGAUCAGUAGCCAGGUUGGCACGUCACGUUUUUGUUGUUUCAUCCAGUAUGACUGCCAAGGAGCAUGGAGUUUUCAACCAAGUGCUAAACAUGCUGACAGGUUUAGACCAUAAUUUGCAGGUACGCUUAAGAAAGCGACUUCACCAAGCAGCAACUGGAUGUGAGGUUCAGUCUCAGGUAGCUGGGUCUGGGCAGGGCUUGAAGAAAGCCAAGGCAGCUCAUUGUGUAGCAGAAGAAAGGUACAAUUGCCAACACGAAACUCAGCAUGUAGGAUCAACGCCACUAGACACCAGUGCAGUGCUGAAGCCCCUGAUCUCCCCUUUAAUAGCGAAACCCAGCAGAGUGCUGAGUGUUGCCUGUCAGACAGGAAUGGGACCAGUACGUGGCACAUCACACCACCCAAGGGAUCUGCCUCUUGACUUCUCAAAAGUAAAGAACAAGAAACCUGUCAAAUUUCAACAUCUGUCAGGCACUUCUCCUGUUCAGGUUUCGUUGUCUAAAUGUUGGAGUGGUUCACGCUCUAAGUUGCUAAGUCUUUUCACAAAUAAGAAAAAGGAUGAAUUGCUUCCUACAAAGCCUGAACUGAAUGGCAUUUACCGAGGUAUCUGCAGUGCUGUUGGGCAAGGAUGUGAAAAUUGUCAAGUGGAAGAUGGUCACCAGCACAUGGAGCAAUGUCAUUUUUCCCUUGGUAGCCUGUCUUCAAAGGUGAUGGCACAAACUACACCUCUGGCCCCACAUACCUUGCCCAUCCAAGAGAUCCACAAAGCAUCUGGCCAGGCACAAGAAUAUCUAGAUGGAAUGAGAGAAGAAUUGGUUCUUCCUCUUGAUCUGAGUGAUUGUGGAAAUCAUUUUGAGUGUGAAAUUCCUUCCACCCCAGGCCUUAAUUCACCAUUGAAAUUGGAUGAUUCAGCAAUUCACCCUCAAGACAAGAAUAUGGAGGGUGGAGUGAAGUGUAGUUCAUAUUUGGAAGGCUUGGACUGGAAGCGUGGACAGUUACUUGGAACAGGAGCAUUUAGUUCGUGUUAUCAGGCUCAAGAUAUGGCAACUGGAACGCUGAUGGCUGUCAAACAGGUGCCCUUUUGCAGAAAUUCUGAAGAAGAACAGGCCAUUGUAGAGCUCGGAAUACGGGAGGAAAUAAUGACAAUGUCUAAAUUGAGGCAUGAAAACAUAGUACGAAUUCUAGGUGCCACAAAGCAAGGAGGCCACUUCAACAUGUUUGUGGAGUGGAUGGCGGGCGGUUCUGUUGCUGGAAUGCUUGAUAGAUAUGGUCCAUUCAGUGAAGAGGUUAUACUUCGUUACACUAAGCAGAUUCUUGAAGGACUAUCCUACUUGCAUGAUAAUCGCAUUUUGCAUCGUGACCUUAAAGGUGCUAACCUGCUUGUAGACAGCACAGGACAUCAUCUGCGUAUUGGAGAUUUUGGGACGGCAGCCCACCUGGUAUCACAAGCAACUGUACCUGGAGAGUUCCAGGGUCAGUUACUAGGCACUAUAGCUUUCAUGGCACCUGAAGUCUUGCGAGGUGAGGACUAUGGACGAUCAUGUGACGUGUGGAGUGUGGGCUGUUGCAUGAUUGAGAUGGCUUCUACAGAACCACCCUGGAAAGAAAACCAUGUGUCCAAUCACUUGGCUCUGAUGUACAAGAUAGCAUCUAGUAAGGAUCCUCCAUUAAUUCCUGACAAGCUGAGUUGGGCAGCUAAAGAUUUGGCACUGCAGUGCCUGCGUAUCAGCUCGGCAUUGCGGCCAUCUGCCAAGGAGCUGCUACACCAUGUUUGCUUUGGUAACUGGCAGACAGCUGUGGUGGUCAGGUAGUGUGGUCAUCAGGUGGAUAAGGAUUCAUCUUGACAGCACACUGUAUGUUGUACUGGGAGAGUUUUAAGGAAGGAAAUCAGACUGUUCUCAGCUGACAGUAACAUUGCUGAGGAAGUAAGCAUAUUCUGGUUGAAUGCUUGCAGCUUAGUUGGUGGAUCAGUAGGUGGUUGGCAGGUUUCCUUUUUUUAAGAUCCCCUUGGUAACUAACCAGUCUUUUACCUGGUGGAACUGUUACUGACCCUUGGACUGCCAUGGCCCUCCAUAGAAGUGCCUGCUAGAAAUGCCAAGACUGCAUUGUGGUAUGUGCAGUUGCAGAGAGAAACCUACAAUAUUUCCCUCAGAGCACCUUCACAUAUUUCCUCUAAAAUUUAUUCUUUCCUGUAGACAGUGGUAUGUCACUUAAUGCCAUCUGUCAGCAAAAAUUUUACUAAUUCGUUACCAACAAACUGACCUCUUCAGAUGUGAUGACUUUACCGCAAGUACACCAGGCCAGUUUAGUCAGCACAUAGCAUGCAGAAGAUUAAAGAUGAAGAUACCAUUAAAUACUGGUGGUUACUGAAACAUGCCAUUUCUUUUGAUAUUGUUGAUACACCUACUAUUACAGACAUCACUGCAUUUUAGGCUAUAAUUUCCUUGUUUUAAGAUGUCUUUAAUGUGAAACAGCAUGUUCUAUUAGCACUGAUCAUCACUUUUCAGAACGCAUUGACUUACUGUGUGGCAUCUGGGCUCUGUUGCCACUGCGUUUAGACUGUAAAUGUCUCGAUGGACUUUGUUGCCUGUGCGCUUGAAACACUGGCCAUAAAGAAUUAGUCCAUAGUCUGUCCUAAGUUUGUGUGUGUCUUUGGUAAGUAAUCAGUAAUUAUCAUAUUAAGGAAGUCUCGUUAUAUUAUGAAACAGACAAAAGAGCAUUUGCGUUAUACUGCAGUAUUUUUAUGUUAAUUUAUUUUAUUUAUUUAACAGGUAUUGGCAGGUUGAUAUUAUUAUGCAGUGGAGUGAUUCCAUAGCAACAUUUAUAGUUAACUGCUAUACAAAGUUCACAAAAGGAACUGUUCUGAUUAACCCCAUGAAAUGUUUUAUAAAUAAUUUUAUGCUGAAGUUCAUUUUUAGCAAGACUGCCUCCGUGAUCUAGUGGUCAGAGUUCCUGGCUACAGAUCCAGCGGUCCUGGGUUCGAUUCCCGGCGCUCCCAGAUUUU